CUGCUGGGCGCGCGGGGCCGCGCGGCGCCGCCGCCGGGGCACAGCUUCCGCAGGGUGACCCUCACCAAGCCCACCUUCUGCCACGGCUGCACCGACUUCAUCUGGGGGCUCGCGGGCUACCAGUGCGACGUUUGCAACUUCAUGUCUCAUGAAAAGUGCCUCAAGAAUGUGAAGAUACCGUGCUCAUGUAUUGCUGCGAGCCUUGUCAGGGUUCCAGUUGCACACUGUUUUGGGCCUCCAGGACAUUAUAAAAGAAAGUUUUGCACUGUGUGCAGAAAGUCUCUAGAUUCGCCUGCUUUUCGAUGCGAAGUUUGUGAGCUACAUGUGCAUACCGAUUGUAUCCUGUUUGCUUGUAGUGACUGCCGGCAGUGUCACCAGGAUGGACACCAGGACCAUGAUACUUACCACCAUCAUUGGAGGGAGGGAAAUCUCUCUUCAAGUGCUCGCUGUGAAGUUUGCAAAAAAACCUGUGGCUCCUCCGAGGUGCUGUCUGGCAUGAGAUGCGAAUGGUGCGGCAUUCUGGCACAUGCUGCUUGCUACGUAAUUGUCACACCACAAUGUACUUUUGGAAGAUUAAGGAAUAUGAUUCUUCCUCCAAACUGCGUGCGAUUAUAUUCUCGCAACUUCAGCAAACUGCAUUGCUUUCGUAUAUCAGAGAACUUGCAAGCAGAACCAGAUGAAGAUGAUGAUUUUGAUGGGUCAACCCCAGGGUCAACAAAAGAUGUCCAAACUUCUACAGAUUCAAGUAAACAAACAUUAAAGAUAUUUGAUGGGAAUGAUGCAGUGAAACGCAAUCAAUUUCGACUGAUUUCAGUUCCAAGGAUUGCAAAAAAUGAAGAAGUUGUGGAAGCUGCUUUGCGGGCGUACUACAUAAACGACGAUCAGCAGGAGUACGAGCUCCAGACCUUCACCCAGCAGGCCCUGCUGUCUGACGAUGUCAUCAACAGGAACCACGCUCCGGACGACACCAACAGCGGUCCCGUGUUCCGGGAAUCCACCCCCGACGCGUGGAUCAUCAGAGCCAAACCGAAGGAUGAGGAAGUGAUCAGAAUUUAUCCUGCUUGGCUUAAGGUGGGAAUGGCUUAUAUUUCUCUACGAGUAAAUAAGGACAGCACUACACAGACUGUGAUCAAAGAAGUGCUUCCAUUGCUUGGAAGGCAGACGGAGUCUAUCCAGAAUUUCAAGUUAGUAGAAGUCCUUAUGGGCAGUAAGCAAGUUCAGCGGAUGGUGUUGGACAACCAGGAACUGAUCCUUAAUAGACUCAAGGAUAUACGAAAGACUUCAAUACGUCAGAUGAAUCAAACAAGGUUUUACGUUGUGGAAAAUAGCAAAUCCAUCGUUCGAGUAAAUUUAUUUGUUGGUGGCCUUCCCCCUCAGCUUUCUGCUGAAGAAUACACUAAUAUUCUCAAGGAUGAACUAGCUAUCAAAACAAACGUCGUAUCCGUGAGUCAUGUUUAUCAAGCACAAGGUGCUGUUGUCCUCGAAAUUUCAUGUUUUUCUGAAGCUGAAAGAAUAUAUAUGCUAGUUAAAGAUACAACUGUCAAUGACAAGCCUCUGAAUGGUGUGGUGAUUCCUGAAGUUGUGAUACCGCAGAACUGCUGCCCACUGCUUGUAUUUGUGAAUCCGAAAAGUGGGGGUCUAAAAGGUCGGGAUCUGCUCUACAGUUUUAGAAAGCUGCUAAAUCCCCAUCAGAUCUUUGAGCUUACUAAUGGCGGCCCACUGCCUGGGUUCCACGCGUUCUCCGGGGUGCCCUCCUUCCGCGUGCUGGUGUGCGGCGGCGACGGCACCGUGGGCUGGGUGCUGGGCGCCCUCGAGGAGAUCAGGCACAAGCUGGCGUGCUCGGAGCCCUCCGUGGCCAUCCUGCCCUUGGGAACGGGUAACGACCUGGGGAGGGUUCUGCGCUGGGGAGCCGGCUACAGCGGGGAGGACCCCUACUCCGUUCUGGUGUCCGUGGACGAGGCCGACGACGUCCUCAUGGAUCGCUGGACUAUCCUCUUGGAUGCCGAAGAGCCCGCGGAAGGUGCCGAGAACGGCCUGGCAGAGCCGGAGCCUCCCAAGAUUGUACAGAUGAACAAUUACUGUGGUCUUGGCAUUGAUGCAGAGCUGAGUCUGGAUUUUCAUCAUGCUAGAGAAGAAGAACCUGGGAAAUUUAAUAGCAGGUUUCACAACAAGGGCGUUUAUGUGAAGGUUGGGCUGCAGAAGAUAAGUCAUACCAGAAAUCUUCACAAAGACAUCAAGCUCCAGGUGGACCAGCAUGAGGUGGAGCUGCCAAGUAUAGAAGGACUCAUUUUUAUUAAUAUCCCCAGCUGGGGCUCCGGAGCCGAUCUCUGGGGCUCGGAGAGCGACAACCGCUUCGAGAAGCCGCGGAUCGACGACGGCCUCCUCGAGGUGGUCGGCGUCACCGGCGUCGUGCACAUGGGCCAGGUCCAAGGAGGUCUCCGAUCAGGAAUCCGCAUAGCCCAGGGCUCCUACUUCCGUGUAACGCUCCUAAAGCCAAUUCCCGUCCAGGUUGAUGGAGAGCCCUGGAUCCAGGCCCCAGGCCAAAUCAUCAUUUCUGCUGCAGGACCAAAGGUCCAUAUGUUGAAAAAGUCCAAGCAGAAGCAGAAGAAAACUGGAAGCCUGAAAGAGACGAGAACAGAUGUCGGCCUGUCAGUCACUGAAGGAGGGCGCUGAAGGGGGAUCCG